CUCUAACCAGCCGUCUUAAAAUGAACGAUUGGGCCAACAGCAGCACAUCGGUAGUGUUGGAGCGGUCUUGGACAAGGGUUGAGAGGUCAGUGCUGGUGGCAGUUCUGAGCGUGGAGAUGGUGCUGGGGGUCAUUGGAAACUGUCUGGUACUACUGGUAAAAAUCAUGUGUAGGGGUCGGUUUCCCUGUAGAUACUGGGUCCCGUUCGUCAGUCUGACCCUCUCCGACCUUGGCUCCUCCCUGCUCAUCAUCUCUGGCUCCUUAUUGGCUAUGUUGACUAAGGGACAGAGGUCACCAUGGUGCGAGGUCGUCAGCUUGCUCAAAUUCGCCUUCAUCACUUCCUCUAUUGGAAGCAUAGCGAUUCUCUGCGUACAGCGAGCCAAGGUCGUGGCCUCCACAGGAAGAGGCGCCUCUGUUGUCGUGGCUCUGGCUUGCCUGGCUUCCUGGUUGACAGGGGUGGUGUUUGGGAGCAUCCCUGUGGUCUACAACUGGAUCAGGUACGACCCUUCAGAGAUGCUGUGUGCAGUGUUCUGGGAGAGCAGUUACUCUGACAUGCUAGUCUAUAUCCUCUGUGCUUUCUCCAUCUGCAUCUUCCUCCCCUUCAUCCUCAUCCUCUUCUGCUCUCUCUUCACCGCUGCUGGCUGCAAGAGGAACUGCGACAGCUGAUUCUCCUGGGUAGACUGGACCUAUCCCCUGCACCUGAUUGGCUGAGAACCCUGUCAUCAGUGAUGUCCUACCUAGACUGCGGGUUGAACCCCAUUAUCUACUGUGCCAAUCAGGACUUCCGGGAGGCGGGACUUGCUCUGUUCUGGACCAGUAGGAAGUUAUUAUUCUCUGAGCCUGUGCUGACAAGCAUGACAAAGUUGGAAUUGUAAAGAUUGACCACAAAAUAAAUUAUGUAAAGUUGGUGGCUAAAAGAUUUCUCAUAAAACAGUUUUAAUUCCUCCAAUUUGAGAUAUUAUGACAAUGAUUGUUUUGACAUAUUUACACAUUUGUUGGAAAUAUAUGUUGUUGUUGAUCUGAUGUUGAUCUCUUAGGAGAUUAGAUGUUAACAAACGCGAUGUUGUGCAUUGGUUAAAAUUACAAAGAAAAAACAAAUAUAUAUCUUCAUCAGUCUUAAAUCAUUGGCUGACUCAGUUCUUGCUGCCCUUUCCCCUCUGCAUUUUAUCAAACCAGCCUACCUGUACCUACAUUUCUUUUCAAAUCUGAAUUAGGUGUGAUUGACCUACUAUCUAGAAUUUAUAUAUGUGGUCCUUCCGUAGCUCAGUUGGUAGAGCAUGGCGCUUGUAACGCCAGAGUAGUGUGUUCGAUUCCCGGGACCACCCAUACGUAGAAUGUAUGCACACAUGACUGUAAGUCGCUUUGGAUAAAAGCGUCUGCUAAAUGGCAUAUAUUAUUAUUAUUAUUAUAACUUCAAUGAAUGACCAACACAGUUUUGUCAUUUGUCCUUGAAGUGGGUUAUGUUUCUUCUACACAAUU